AUGGGCCAGCUGUCGCUGGCAGAGUUUCUUGCCGGUGGCUGGCUAGAGGAGCAGCCCCCUCUGCGGGCGCAGCUGCUCUGGUACUGCCUCACAUGUGAGGCGGCGCCGGCUCUCUCGAGGGAGGAGUGGCCUGCGGUGCUGCUGGCCUGCUGUGCCCAGGCGCCUUGCCAAGAAGUCGCGCUGCGAGCGUUCAAGGAGCGCGGCUCAUUCGGGAGCUUUGCUGCGGACUUGGCCAGAGAGGAGUCGUUGCCGGUGGCUUUUCGUUUGCGCCUGGCUGUGAACCCGCCCCACGACUUGCUGCAACAGGCGGAGCAGCAACUGCUGCGAGGGGAGACGCUGCCGCCGGAAGUGCUGGAGAUGUUGGACGCCAGGAGCCUUUGGCCUCAGCUGCUGCAGCACGACGUGCUCUCUGCCGGCGCCUUGCUGCAUGCGCAGCCCAGCAGCUGCCCCGACUCACCGCAGGUCACGGAGCUGCUGAAACCCUUCCUCCUCUCGAAGCGCUUGGCGGAGGCGAAGGCGGCGUCCAACAUCCUGGAGCAGCUGCGAGGGGACAAAUGUGGCGCUCAGCUCCUGCGGCAUUUGAUCCUCCGGCAGCCCCCGCACUUGUUGCCGCAAGCAGAUCUGCCGGAGGAGUGGCAUUUGGUGGCGGCGCAGCUGGCCCUCCGCGUGGGCAACAGCCGCCUCCUGCGCGCCCUGAUGCCGCGGCUGCAGUGCGUUGCGCUGCUGCCGGAGGUGGUGCAGGCGGCGGCGGGUGGUGAGACUUGGACGGAGGCCUGGUGGUCGCAACGCGCUGCGGAGGAGCUGCGGGGCGCGGAGUGGCUGAAGUUGGAGCAGCUGCUGGCGCCGAAGUGGAAGUGUGCCGCCCAGCUCGAGCGGAUCAUAGAGGCAUGGCUUGAUGGGCCCGGAAGCUUCGUGAUGGAGGACAAAUUUUAUGAAAGGUCUGCAGGUCUCCUGCGGCAGCUGCGGCUGGUGCUUCCACACCUGGCGGCGCGCGCUGCCCAGAUGUUGCCCAAGCCCGAGGCAGGCUGGCAGGCGGUUGACCCGGUUCACCCGGCCUACCUCGUGGAAUUGGCCUGUUGCGGGGAGGACGUGGCGAUGGAUCUGUCGGCCUUGCCCCGGAAGCUGGUGCUGGAGCUCGCAUCGGCGCGGCCAGACUUGGCAGCGCCAGGCCUCGCCCGGGACGCCUCCACGGCGCUGUGGGCCAUGGACGCGCUUGACGCCUCCGGCCGCGCCGCGGCGGCCGCGGCGCGGGGCUUCGAAGUUUGGUGGCGGCAGCAGAGGUGCGGCUUCAUCUGCUGGGCCGAUGCGCGGCGCGCGUGUCUCGCGGAGCCGCGCCUGGCGGCCGCCUACCCCAAGGAGGAGCGGUGCCAUCUCUGUGCUUCGCCCCCCGAGUUGGGCUUGAGUCACGCUGAGCUGUUGAGCCUCGGCAGCCUGGCGGGCACCUGA